UAGUCAGGAAUCGCCAUCUUGUGCACCACAUGACCUCGUUGCCGUGUCCCGUGACCAGCUCACGUGAAUUUUGACAAAUUCAAACGUUUUUGGUAGAAAAAAAUGGAUAUUUUGGAGCAGCACCUCGAACAACAGGAUGUCAGGUAGUGUUUAUGUUAAAUAUCGACUGGCUGAUAAUGCGAACACCUAUCCCUCCUGUUUCGCUCGAGGUCUCCUCAAGGUCAUCACGUAGUGCACAGUGCGCACUUACAAGACUUAGGACAACGGUCGUGGAAUACUGUUAACACGAAGGAUGACGGGGGCACGGGCAUUGUUAUUGAGGAAGCGGAAAUCGUGGAUUGCGAAGGAGAACCUGUUGGGGAAGAUGGAAUGCGUUACCAAGAAGCUCUUGCAUAUAGAGUAGUCCAAGUAAAUGGCACCACUGCUGGGAAUGAGAUAGAACUGCCAGUUACUCAACCAGGAAGUAAUACCGUACAAGUCCUAACAUCUCCAUUAAAUGGCCAGUUCUAUGUUAUUGGAAAUGCCAACGAUGUUUUCACUACUGCUCAAACAUCUAGAUCACUGGUUCCCAGGACCACUACUCUACAAAUAGAGACACCAAGAAAUUGUACUACUGUUUUGAAAAAGAGAGAUGACAGAAGAAGAGCCACUCACAAUGAAGUUGAACGUAGGCGAAGAGAUAAAAUAAACAAUUGGAUUGCAAAAUUGGGAAAAAUUAUCCCUGAGUGUAAUGCUGGUGCAAAUGGUAGUGCCAGUGGUAGUGGUGAAGGAAAGGCAAAUUAUGAAACUCAGAGUAAAGGUGGAAUUUUAUCAAAGGCCUGCGAAUAUAUAACGGAAUUAAGAACAGCCAAUCAAGGAUUGGGUCAAUGCUUGCGCGAUAAUGAAAAACUGCGGCAAGAAAUAACUGCUUUGAAACAACUUGUAACACAACUGAAACGCGAGAAUCUUCAGCUCAGGUCACAAAUAUCAUCCUCCACUGGAACGAAUGUUGAUAUUGUUCAUUUAAGUCCUUAAAAGAUUAGUUUCUAAUACUAUGCUUCUUUUGUAAAUAUUAGGAUAUACAGUUUGACCAUAGUGGUCAGAAGAAGUAUUUACUCUUAUAAUUUUUGGUUUUAUAAAAAUUACAUCAAAUUUCGUCAUGUUAAAGUUUUGUUCUUUAAGGUAUAUUGCACGGUCCUAAUGGUAUGGUCAUGACUACUAUGUAUAUUUCUACGCCUUUAACAAAUAACUUUAUUUAUGUUUAAAUUAUACAUUUUUCUUUGUGUUUAACAAUUAUUUCAGAUUUAGUAUUUAAAUACGUUGAACUAUUAAGACCUCGAUUGUACAUUCAUGAGCAUACCAUAAAUAACAUUUGCUAAUUAUUAAAUGCUGGUAAAGUUGUGACUAUUCUUCGUAGAAUUUGUGAACAAAGAAAUUUAUUUUUAUGUAUAUAUAUAUAUGUAUUGAAUUGAAUUACCUCGUGCACAUUGAACGAGCCAAGGCUGUGAAUAUUGAGCGUUGAUUUGGAACUUUCGGACAUAUAAUUUUAAACAAUCUAACCACAGUUAAUUUCAAAAUUGAAACAGAAAGAACAUUUAGUUGUAAUGCAAACAAAAAAAAUGCGAUAAAAAUUAUACAUAUGUGACAAUUACAUCUUUACAAAAAUCGUUAAAUAUUUUUUAUUUUUUAAUAAUGUUUUAACAAAUGUAGAGUAGGUACUUCGUAAAAAAAAAAAAAUCUAGAAACUGAAAAUGUAAUAUAGAUUAAUCGUACACGUAUCGAUGUGUAUAUUUAUACAUAUAUAUAUAUACAUGUAUAUAUAUAUAUAUUUAUGUAUACACGUGUGUGUAUAUAUGCAUAUACGUAUGCAUAUAGCAAUAAACAUAUUUUUUUCAAUCUAGAACUCUGAACGCUGAAAAUGCGUCAGAAUGAGUAAAAAAAUUAAACACUGGUUUGUAAUAUAUCGUUAAUGUACAUACCGCGAAGGUUAUUGUUAUAUUAUAUUAUUAUUAAAUGAAAUUUACCGAAAAACA